CGUACGACUAUAGUCGUACAUGUACGACUAUUUCGUAGUUCGGUACGACGUACGUCUGAACAUAGGGUCGUACACCUAUUUGUACGACUAUUUUGAAAUUUUGGUGGUUAAGAUGUUAUGGUUAAAUAUUUUGGUCUCAUAAACACAAUAUAUGCAGUUCUAAAGAAGCCAAAAUCGAAAAUUGUAAUGAAAUCGAUCUGAAUGUUAAUCCAAUUCAAGAAACAAUCGAUAGCUUCAUUAUAAUAGUUGAGAGGAAUGACAACAGAAUGCACAUAAAUCAAUAUCAUAUUGGAUACAUUAUUAAAAUAUGUGUGAUAUUCUGUAAGUACCUAUCAUCUUUGGAACAGUACGAACAAUUUAAGAAUUUAACAGUUGUUUACAUUGUUUGGUAAAUAUGAGUGACGCAGAAGAUGGGCUAAGUUCGCCACCAAAAAAGGUGUGUAUUCAGCAAAGUGCAGGUAAACAUAGGGCUCAAAAAUUUAGAAAAGAGUGGUUGUCUGAAACAGAAUUUAAAGAGUGGCUGUUACCUGUACAUGGAGACGAAUACAAGGCUAAGUGUAAAUUUUGUGGGAUAACACUUGUUACCGAAAUAAGUAACUUAAAGCGGCAUGCAACCGGUGGGAAACAUACAGCACUUAGAAUGUCUGCUACUGUUAGACAAACAUCGAUUUCUAGAUUUAUUGCAGCACCUAAAGUUGAUUUAGACAAAGAAGUUGCAUCUGCUGAAAUAAAACUUUCGGCAUUCAUUGCGGAGCACAAUGUUGCUUUUUCUGUUGCAGACCAUCUCACAGCUGUCAUAAAAGAUAUCUUUUCUGACCAUAAAAUUGCACAGAAAUUGACUCUUAAACGAACAAAAACAUGCAGUAUUGUAAAUAAUGUAAUAGCUGCCGAUCAUAAGGAGAAGUUGGCGAAUAAAUUAAAGAACACCAAAUUCAGCAUCCUUACAGAUGAAUCAACAGACAUAGGGACAAUAAAAAUGUCGUGCAUAGUGGUAAGGUACCAUGAUUUCCAGUCUGGAAGGAUAGAGAGCAAAUUCUGGGAACUAAGAGAAAUUUUUGACUCUUCAAAUAAAGUUGUGUGCGCCAGUGCAGAAAACCUGUUUCGUGGCUUGGUUGCUUCAAUCACAGAGUUUGGAAUUCCGUUGGAAAAUGUGAUCGGAUUUGGAGCAGAUGGAUGUAAUGUGAUGAUGGGUGAACAUAAUUCAGUAUCAUCUCGUCUCAAAGAAGCUUGUCCUGGGAUCGUGGUGGUUAAGUGCAUUUGUCAUUCGGCACAUCUGUGUGCUAGUGAAGCAUGUAAAGUGCUUCCUCGGUCUUGUGAAGAUAUGGCUCGUGAAAUAUACAAUUUCUUGAAGAGCAGUGCUAAACGACAGAGUGAGCUGAAAGAGUUUCAAACAUUUCUUGACAUGGAACCUUUGAAAAUGCUUCAUCCCUCGCAGACCAGGUGGUUGUCUUUGGUGGCAGUUGUUCAACGCAUUUUGGAGCAGUGGGAUGCUUUGAAAUUGUAUUUUACAGACUGUUGGUUGUCACAGAGACUCUUAAGUGCAGAAAACAUCUUCAAUGCACUUCACGAUCCUUUUUUGAAACUGUAUUUCAUGUUCCUUUCAUGGGUUCUUCCGAAAUUCACAAAAUUCAACGAAUUUUUCCAGACGAAGAAUGUUGUUAUUACAGAACUACAUACCCAAUUAAGAGAUCUCUAUACUGACAUUCUCCUUAGUUUCAUGAAAAGGGACUAUGUCAUGAAAACACCACUCGAGGAAGUCGAUCCUGCCCUGGAGAAGUAUCAUCUUCCAGACACUGAGAUGUAUUUAGGAGUUAAAGUCCUGCAGCACAUUGAUAAACCAGAAAUCACUUCCAAGCCCGAUAUUCGCUGUCAUUUCUUUCACAGGUGUAGAACUUUCCUCACGGUUGCUGCGCAAGAAAUAAGAAAAAGAUAUAAUAUGAAUGAUCCGGUUCUGUCGAAACUUAGCUACCUGCAACCUAAAGCAGCUCUUUCACCAGUAUUCAGGGUUAACUGCCCUUCCCUUCUUCCACUAGUAAAAGUAGUCCCAAGAAUUGUUUCUUGUGAUGAUGAUGCAAUUUUACAGCGUCCUGAUGAUCAGUGGAGGGAGCUUCCAUUUUCAAGGGCAAGGCUUCCAGAAGAUAUUGAUGAUGUAAACAGUCCUGACAUUUUCUGGAAUAUGCUUCUGAAACCAAGCUGUGACACACAAGAAGCUCAUUUCAAAGAAUUGGCUACAUUUGCACUUCAUGUGCUUAGUCUCCCGCACUCUAAUGCAGACUGUGAAAGAGUCUUCAGUCAGGUAUGAAAAUAUAUGCAUCAUAAAUAACUAUUUUGUUACCUACUGUUCUUAUUUUAAAAUUUGAGUUUUUGUUAACUGCAAUAUUGUUAGAAAAAUAUAGCAUGUGUAUUUACUUUACAGGUAAAUCUAGUGAAAACCAAAGUACGAAAUCGCCUCCUUCCAAAAACAGUGAACGGAGCUUUGCUUGCUUCCGAGUGUGUGAAGGAAAGUGGUACCUGUGCAUUGUUUCGCCCUACAGCUGAAAUGUUAUCGCGCAUGACAUCAGCAAACUUGUAUGCAUCCAGUGCACCAGAAAACGAUAUUGUGGAUAUUCUCUUCGAAAAGGAUGACUGAGUUGUUAAGAAAAUAGUUUUUUUUUUUUUUUAACUUAACAUGUGUUAAUUUUGGUGUAGUUUUUUUUCCUUAGUGUAAUUGUUUCCAUGUAAUUUUUUUCCUUCACGAUUGUGUCAUGCCAAUAAAAUACUACCAAAAUGAAUAGCAAAAAAAUCGCCGGAUAAAAUAAAAGUUGGUACUCAUUAACGUUUUAUUUUAAAAAUUAUAGUAUGUACGACUAUUUGCUCCAAUGUACGACUAUUUCUAGUCUUCGGUACGACUUUUGGAAUGUUGCAAUCUGGCAACA